UUUGCCAUCUCCUCCUUUACCCUCUAUAAAUACCCUCCUCCUCCUCAAUCCAUUCCCUGCAAACACGUUUAGCUACUCCGAGAGAGUAUAUGCCUUCCAUGUUAACUGAUGUGUUUAGAGCUCACCCCAUCUCGCUCUCUCACCAAACCCAUGACCUCACUUCUCUCCGCCAACUCCCCGACUCCUUCACUUGGACCCACGAAGACGACCUCCUCUUCUCCGCCGCCUCAAAUGACCAAAAUACCCUUCCCGUCAUCGACCUCUCCGACCACGCCGCCGCCGCCGCCAUCGGCCGUGCAUGCAUGUCUUGGGGAGCUUUCCAGGUCACCAACCACGGUGUGCCUUUGUCGCUCCUCGACGACAUCGAGUCCCUCACCGUUAGCCUUUUCCGUCUUCCGGCUCACCGGAAAAUGAGGGCCGCUCGGCCGGUGGACGGUGUCUCUGGCUACGGCGUCGCCCGUAUCGCUUCCUUCUUCCACAAGCAAAUGUGGUCCGAAGGUUUCACGGUCACCGGCUCUGCCCGCGACCAUUUCCGCAAACUUUGGCCACUUCAUCACCUCAAAUACUGUAUAUAUUCAUAUCCAUUUAACAGUGACGUUAUCAAAGAGUACGAGGAACACAUGCAAAAGUUGGCAACGAAGUUGAUGUGGUUGGUGUUAAGUUCCCUCGGCGUGACCGAAGCGGACAUCAAAUGGGCCGGGCCCAAUUCGGAUUUUAACGGGGCCCAGGCAGCGAUACAGCUAAACCACUAUCCGGUUUGCCCAGAACCGGACCGGGCAAUGGGUCUAGCUGCUCAUACCGACUCCACUCUCCUGACCGUUCUGUACCAAAACAUCACCGCCGGUCUACAGGUCUUCAAGGAUGGGGUCGGUUGGCUCACUGUGUCACCCAUCCCUGGCUCGCUCGUGGUCAAUAUCGGCGAUCUCCUCCACAUCUUAUCAAACGGGCGGUUACCGAGCGUGCUUCACCGAGUCCGGGUUAACAAGAACCGGUCCCGAUUCUCUGUUGCUUAUCUAUGGGGCCCACAAUCCGACGUCCAGAUCUCGCCCAUAUGGAAGCUGGUUAGCCCGGUCGAACCACCUCUGUACCGGCCGGUUACUUGGAAGGAGUACCUUCGAACAAAAGCAACACACUUCAACAAUGCACUUUCGGUGAUUAGGGCUCAUCAACAAGAAUGAUAUCGUUUGACUUUUGGGUUGAUUAAUCAAAUUAUUUUUCACUUGUGUUGUACAUAAUUCCUGAAAAAAAUGUAUUCUAAAAUUAAAAUCUACUUAAUGAUAUAUAUGGAAAAAAUA